AUGGACAUCGCGUUCCGCCUCCUCCCCGUCCCGUCCCGCGGCACGGAACCUUGCUCUCACCCGGUCAUGCGCACCAUCGACGUGCUCCGCGUCGCCAACCCCGUGCUUCUGGGCUUCCUGCGUACGCUCACCGCUGUCGACGCCAUCGUGCUCGACAUGUUCUGCAUGGACGCGCUCGACGUCGACGCCGAGCUCAACAUCCCGGCGUACAUCUUCUUCUCCUCCGCGCUAGGCGAUCUCGCCAUCAUGCUCCACAUGCCGUACUACUACCCUACCGCUCCGUCCUCGUUCAAGGACAUGCCCAAGACCGUGCUGCACUUCCCUGGCGUGCCACCGAUCCGCGCGCUCGACAUGGGGGCGGCGAUGCAGGACCGGGACAGCGACGUCGCCAAGGCACGGCUGUCCCAGUGCGCGCGCAUGAUCGAAGCGAGGGGCAUUCUCGUGAAUAGCUUCGACUGGCUGGAGGCACGGGCCCUGGAAGCGCUCAGCCGUGGCCUCUGCACGCCGGGGCGCUCGGCUCCGCCAGUUCACUGCAUCGGACCGCUGGUUCUUCCCGGAAACAGGGGAGGGGCCAGCGAGAGGCACGCGUGCCUGGAAUGGCUGGACACCCAGCCGGACCAGAGCGUCGUUUUCCUGAGCUUCGGCAGCCUGGGGAGGUUCUCGGCGCCGCAGCUGAGGGAGAUAGCACGUGGGCUGGAGAACUCCGGGCAGAGGUUCUUGUGGGUCGUUCGGAACCCGCCUGAGCACCGGAGCAACUCCGUCGUGCCGGACCUGGAGUCGUUGCUUCCUGAGGGUUUCUUGGAGCGUACUAGGGAAAGGGGAUUCGUGGUGAAGAACUGGGCGCCGCAGAGCGAGGUGCUACGGCACCGAUCCAUCGGUGUGUUCGUGACGCAUUGCGGGUGGAACUCGGCGCUAGAGGGCAUCGCGUCUGGCGUGCCGAUGAUCUGCUGGCCGUUAUACGCGGAGCAGAAGAUGAAUAAGGUGCACAUGGUGGAGGAGCUGAAGGUUGGCGUGGUGAUGGAGGGGUACGAGGAGGAGCUGGUAAAGGCGGAGGAGGUGGAAGCAAAGGUGAAACUGGUGAUGGCGUCUGGACUUGCUAAAGAACACCUGUACGGAGAGUAG